AUGAUUGUGACGGCUAUUCUUACCUUCUUCAUCAUCGGUGUAUGCGCUUUCGUAUUGAAUAUCAAUUGGAAAACGAAGCGAUUGUAUACAAAUUACACAUUAAUACCCUAUCGUAUUCCUGUCUUAGGUCAUCUACUUGAUUUCCUCAAGGAUGCAAAUCAAUUUAUUUUUGACAAUUUUGCAAAAUAUGGCUCAAUUUUCACUGCAAAUAUCUGUGGACAGCAUUUUACCUUUCUACUCGAUGUUCAUGAUCUCCUGACAAUGACGAAAAAUCCAAGCUUGGUCUUCUCUGGCAGUGAAAUGGUCACGACUAUAUUCGGUAGCCGUAGGGUAGAAAAAGAUAUUCAGGAAGAUAUAGCACAAGUACUUCAUAAGACUAUCUAUCCACAAACGUUACAACGCGCAGAUGCACUGAAUGCGUUGACUGUUCGCUUCGUGGAAAGUUUCCACCAGUCAUUGGAAAAAGAUCAAAUGAGUUCGCCCGAAGAAUGGCGUCAGUGUGGUUUGUUUGAUCUAUGUCAUCGAUUUAUUUUCGGUGCAUCCACUCGUGCCUUGUUCGGAGAUAUUGAAGAUGAAGAAUUGAAAGAAUUGGAAACAAAUUUUGUUACUUUCAAUGACAAAUUCUAUGUCUUCUCUCGCGGACUUCCUGUAUGGUUUUAUAAAUUGUUCUAUCGAAGUGCAUAUCAAGCAAGAGAGAAAGGAAUAAAAUUACUUAUCAAACAACGGCCUAAUCAAAGUGAAUUUAUCACUGCUGCACGAGAAUUCUACGAAGGGAAACACGGAGACGUGUUUUCACCGACAGAUGUUGGUGCACGUAUGAUGAUCUUCUUCUGGGCUUCAUUAGGUAACACAAUACCGGCGACAUUCUGGAUUCUGUAUUAUCUUCUGACAACGGAUAAAGGGCGGAUUUUGGAAAUAUUACGGGAAGAAAUCCUCACUCAUGGUGAAAAUAUGAACGAAAUGAAAGUAGCGGAUAGUGUGAUUAACGAAACGUUGCGUCUUAUCGGUAAUGUUUUUCUCAUGCGAUGCACUUACAAAGAGGAUGGUA